AUGGGCAUUAGAGGCACCAUCCCACCCCACAUUGGAAACCUCUCAUUUCUAUCGUACUUCAACAUCACCAGCAACACUUUCCAUGGUCAUCUUCCCAGUGAGUUGGCUCGAUUACGUCGCCUAAAUGUUGUCGACUUUGGUGUCAACAAUUUCGGUGGAGGUGUUCCGUCAUGGUUUGGAAACUUACCCAAGCUUCAAUACUUGCAUCUCGCAAACAACAGUUUCACUGGUUCAGUUCCACCUUCCAUUGGCAACAUAUCAACAUUAGAGUCUCUCAAUUUAAGGUCCAAUUUUCUAGAGGGAAGAGUUCCUGAAGAGAUCGGUCAUCUUUCUAAACUGAAGACGUUACGCAUGGGAUAUAAUAAUUUGUUGGGGUCUAUACCGUCAACCAUCUUCAACAUCUCAUCACUUGAAAUCAUUGAUUUCACAAUCAUAUCAUUGUCUUACAAUAAAUUCACUGGUUUCAUUCCGAAGGCAAUUGGGAAUUUGACUUUGCUUCAGAUUUUAUAUCUCGGUGAAGAAGUGGUCAGUGGCAUCGGCGAAGAAGGCAUCGCCAGUGUUGGUGACAGUGAUACCACGGCGGUGGCAGGUGGUGAGAUCGACAUGGUCAAAGUCGGCGCUGAAGCUGACGACGCACUGGACCGAGGAGAAUGA